UGAAAGGAAAAAUUUCUUCUUGGUUGAACAAAAACUUUGACAUUCGAUAUAAGUGUCGAAGAAUCAUAACAGGAAGAGAGAAAAGAACAAGAUGAAGGAAGAAAGGACUCCACAAUCUUCAGAAGGAGAUCCUUGUGGCUCCUGGAGCCCCUUGAGAUUCUGGAGUCCCCAGAAUCUCUUUUCCGGAGUUCCCGGAUCCUCUGCGUCCUGUGGCUGAUCCUACAACUAACCUUACGUCGCGCGCCUUCACUCUGCCUAUACAAAGUUAAUCAUGUCUUUGAAUAUCUUUGAAUAUUUAUUUGAUUCCGCCAUGGUGCUACUUGUGAUCAGGAUACUGACUUGCUUAGUAGCGCUGCGAUGCAGGACAUACUUUGAUCAUUUUGGACCGAUUCCCGACAUCGGAUAUAUUGUUAAUACUGGACCGACUCUGGAUACCGGGUACGACCGUGUUGGUGCUGGACCGUCUCCCGAUCUCGGAUUACCUCUCAUACAGGGAGCCAAACGCGAGCUUGUUGUUGGCGUCUGUGAGCCGAUCUGUUCUAUUGUUGCGGUCGUCUCUGGAAUUGCUUUCGUGGCUGGACUCGCUUAUGCUGCCUGGAAGAAUCACCGACGUCAUAAGGAGACAUACUACACUGACACGGAAGUCUUGAAUCCCGAGGAGGAAAUCGUGAAUCACGAGGAGGAAGUCGAGGAUCUCAAGGCGGAAGUAGAGGAUCUCAAGGAGGAAGUGGCAGAUCUCCAGGACGAAGUGGCAGAUCUCCAGGAGGAAGUUGCAGAUUUCGAGGAGGAAGUGGCAGAUCUCGAGGACGAAGUCGAGCAUCUGGAAGACGAAGUCUUGGAUCUAGAGGACAAAGUCUUGGAUCUAGAGGACGAAGUCUUUGAUCUCAAGGAGGAAGUCUCGGAUCUCAAGGAGGAAAUCGUGGAUCUCGAGGACCAACUCGCGGAUCUCACGGAGGAACUCUUGACCAAAAUGGCUGACGAGGAAAAGCUGAAGGAAGAGAACCAACGUUUGCGAGAGGGGUUAAAAGAUGCCGCCGGAGCCAUUGAACGUCUUGAAAGGCUUCUGAAGGACAAACCUGAAGGAGCUGUAAACGUCGUCAUACAGAUGAAUGGCAAGGAUGUUCACAUCGAAGAUCUGUUGGCGGAGAACGAGAAAGCAAAAGAAGAUUGCAAACGUUUGGAAGACAAAUUAAGAGAAGCAGCCAACAACAUGUACGAUAUGGAAAGUCUUUUAAAAGAAAAAGAAGACGAAAAGCUUGAGAUGAUAAAUCUCUAUGAUGAUCGCAUCCAGGAUCUGUUGGCAGAGAACGAGAAAGUGAAAGAAGAUUGCAGACGUUUAGAUGAGAAAUUAAGAAAUACAGCCAACAACAUGGAGGAAAUGGAAAGUCGUUUGAAAGAAAAAGGAGAUGAAAAGAUAGAGUUGGUAAAUCUCCAUGAUGAACAGAUCCAAGGAUUGUUGACUGAGAAGGCUAAGAUGAAAGAGGAUCGUGAGGAUAUGAAACGGCGUUUACAAGAAAAGGAAACUGUGAAGUCCACUUUAAUCCAUUGGCAUGAAAUAGUGGUGGAGCGCCAAACAGCUCUUAUCCAAAACUUGAUGGCCAAUGAGAAGAAACUUAAAAACGAACAUGAGCUUCUGGAAGAAAAGCUAAGAGAGGCACUCAGUAAAUUGGAGAAUAAGGAAAGGCAGUUAGAAAAAAAUGAAGAUGAAAAAAAUAAGUUGGAGAGUGAGCAUUUCAAUCAGAUGGAGCUCAUGGAUGCUCAGAUCCAAGAAUUGUUGGCUAAGGUAUGGAAAAUGAAGCUCGAAAAUGAGCAUUUGGAAGAAAGGUUAGAAGAACUCCUAAUAAAGACUGAGAACAGCAAUAGUCAGAUCCAAGAUUUGUUGGGAAAGUUAGAUGGAAAGGAAUGCGAAAUAGAAGAGUUAAAAAAUACUUUUGCCAACAUAAUAGAGAACAUGAACCUUCAGAUCCACGAAGCUCAUAAUAACCUGGAGGAAUUGGAGAGGGCCUUGAAGAUAGAAGAAGAGGAGAAAACGCACAUCACAAAUCUCUAUGAGAAAAUGACUGAGAGCAGGGACCGUCAGGUCAGAGAUUUGUUGGCUAAGGAGGAGGAACUAAAGGAGGAGCGAGAGAUUUUGAGAGAACAAUUAGGCGAAACAUUAAGUUGUGUUGCAGAUAUAGAAAAGUUAUUGGAUGAGGAACAGGAUACGAUAAAAGAAAAGGAGAGGCAGAUUGAGAAGCUUCAUCAACAGGAGCAAGAACUGCGAGAAAAGCUGCAGAAGAAGGAGAGCGAACACGAGGCGUCGUCCGUCCGAGAAAAUGAGCUGGAAAUUCUCCUCAAUAGGGAGACAGAACUAUUGAAAGAUAAGGAAAAGGAAAUAAUUCUCUUGAGAAUAAGUAUUCAGGAUAUAUUACAAGAGAAGGAGCAAGAACGAGAGAGCCUGCAAGAGCAGAAUGACCACUUGCAAGAAGAGGUGAUGCAACUGCAGAACAGUCUGGUAAUUGCUGCGUGCAAUGAAGAAACACUGAAAAGCGAGUUGAACUGUGCAAAAGGACAGCUCCACCACUUGCAAAAAACUGAGAGCCAGAAUCUACAAAAAUACCAGAAGUUAACAAAUGAAUGUGAACUAUUACAGAAGACGUGUAGAAAGUUAGAAGAAAGGAAUGAAAAGGUAGAAAAAUGUGCCAGGGAACAAAAAAUGAUGCAGGAAGAAGCCUUAAGAAUGCAAGAUAAAUACAUGUUGAUGGGACUUCUCAACAAUAUUGCUCGAAGGGAUUUCAAGUUACAACGCAUUUUGAGGGAGGAGCAAGAAAACACAGGAAAAGGAGGAGAAAAACCAGAUAUUGGACGCCAAGACUGUGGCCAGGAAACUAACCAGGAGUUCUGCUGUGCCCAGAAUGACAAUAGAGGAUAUUUAAAAAAGCAAUGGUUGGAUGUAACCGACAUUGUAGAGGACAUUCUGCACAGAGAUGAAAAGUCUCCCGACAAAAUGGCUCAAAAUUCUGGUAAAAACCAGGAGUGAGGGAUGGAAAGAUAUGAAGAACCUGAUUCUGAGGCACCAAUGCAUGAGUGCUCCUGAUCUGGAGACCAGGAAUUUGUGGCACAAUGAAGAGGUUCAUGCUUCUGAGGCAGCACGAGGAUAAAAGAAUGCUCCUGAUCCAGAGGA